CUUGAUUCUGACGCAGUGUAAUAGGCGGUGCUGGUGUUUUCCUCCGAGUAAUUGAGACUGCAGUCAGCGAGAACACACACACUCAUACACAGAGGCGGAGGUAGCUCAAGCUGAGAGGGACGAGGCACCGUGCGGUUAGUGAUUUGAAUCGAAUUUAUUUGCCUACUAAAUGUCUGAACGAGCUUGAAUGCGGUGGUACUGGAGCACGCACUGGCAGUGCCAGGCGAACCGUGUGCCCUCCAAACUGGACCCGUUUCACCUUUGAAUUGGCGGUGGGUUUCGUGUGUCCUGUAACGUUACUAGUCGAUGGCGCAGCGCGUGAGGAUGUUUGGAACACUGCUGUAUCGUCUUGGGCGCUCGGAAGCAGUUGAAAAGCUCAAUGGAUUUUGUGCUCGGGAUGUAUUUGGCUGUGUUGUUGUUGUUACGUUUCCUUGGAACCUUGAACCCGUGAGGACUUCCGCACAGUGCAUGGGAAUCGAUGAAGCAUGCGGAGCGAUCACCAUGUUGCCAGGAUAAAUGAUUGCUCCCAAUGAAAACAAGGAGGAGGGGUCUAGCUGCAGUACCAUGGCUGAAAAUGAGAACAAUCUAAAGACGGCCAGGUUAUGGAGAGAUGCAGCUUUGCGCUCUAGAAAGCUGAGGAGUAACCUGCGCCAGCUUACCCUCAGCACUAAAAAUAGCCAAAAAAUCACUCUCCCCGAAAACAUCAAGGACAUCGAGGUUCUGAAUGUGGGUAAUAACUGCCUUCAGGAGCUCCCCGAGGGGCUGGGGUCAACGUUGACGAAACUGCGUAUCCUCAUCCUUCGCAGGAACAAGUUUGCCACUGUACCCCAGGCCGUCUUUCAGCUCAACCAGUUGGUGGAGCUGGAUAUCAGCCAUAAUUGCCUGAGUCAUUUUUCAGAAGAUAUUGUGCUGCUCAAGGGCUUGAAAAAGCUCUGCAUGAGCCACAACAAGAUCCAGUACCUGCCCUCGGGAAUUGGGAGUCUACAGUGCUUGGAGGAGCUGGAUAUCAGUUUCAAUGAGCUCCACGAUUUCCCCAGGUCCUUCUCUCAGCUCAGGAAGCUCCGCACACUGGAUGCGGACCACAACAAGCUACACCAUUUUCCUCUGGAAAUCCUAGCUUUGAAUGACCUGGAGGAACUAGACUGCUCCGGCAAUAAAUUUGAGUGUCUCCCUAAUAACAUUAUGAUGCUGGAGUCAAUCAAAAUCAUGUGGCUUAGCAAUACACUAAUAUCCUUUUUACCAGAGACUUUCAGUGACCUGCGAAACCUGGAGAGUCUGAUGCUGGACGGUAACGUGUUGACAGCGCUGCCUCAGUCUUUUUGGAAACUACAAAAACUGAAAAUGCUUAAUCUCUCUUCAAACCUUUUUGAAAAUUUCCCACAGGUCAUCCUCAGAAUCAGUGUGCUGGAAGAGCUGUAUUUGAGCAGAAAUAGACUGACGUUUCUUCCAGAGGAGCUGGGUCAGCUGGUCAGGUUGGCCAAUUUGUGGCUGGACAAUAACAAAAUCACAUUUCUACCAGACUCCAUUGUGGAUCUGGAGAGACUUGAGGAGCUUGUUUUACAGGGUAACCAAAUCGCCAUUCUUCCAGACAACUUUGGAAAGCUUGCUAAAGUGAACAUUUGGAAGGUUAAGGAUAAUCCCCUCAUACAACCUCCCUAUGAGGUCUGUAUGAAAGGUAUACCUUACAUAGCAGCCUAUCAGAAAGAGCUGGCCAACUCACAGCCUGCUGUGAAACCCAGAUUAAAACUGGUGUUAAUGGGGCAGAAGAAUGCUGGAAAAACAUGCCUCAGGCAGUGUGUUGUCAGCAAAGCACAGGAUGCAAAGUCACAGGCGGGAAACAAAGGCAUCGAUGUGACGAACUGGGUGGCAGAUGUCGCCAGAAGUCUCACGUUUAUAGUCUAUGACCUGUCAGGGAUGCAGAACUACGAUCUGAUCAAGCCCUUUUUCCUCUCCCCGGGGGCUCUCUACAUCCUGGUGGUAAAUUUGAAAACAUAUACGCCCAAAAGCUUCAAAGACCACGUGGGCUUCUUCCUCCACCUGCUGAGUGCCAAGGUGCCCCACGCAGUGGUGCUGAUGGUGGGCACGCACACGGACCUGUGCGAGGAGGUGGAGCUGGAGGAGAAGUGCUUGGACAUCCACCGGCAGAUCUCCCUGCAGGAACGUCACGACACCGACUGCCUACAGAGCAUGGCCCAGCAGGUGGAUGAAGCGCUGGAGCUGGGUUACGACGUGCGCACGUCCAGCCCGCACGUACUCUUCUACGGCGUCUCCGACAAGAACCUGCGGCGCAAGAAGGCGCAGCUGCAGUAUCUGCUCAACCACCGACUGCAGAUCCUCUCGCCGGUGCUGCACGUGAGCUGCACUGAGUCGCGGAGGAACAUCGAGAGACUGAAGGAGAAGCUCAUGUCGGUCGCCGACCACCGGGAGAUCUUCCCCAACCUCCACCGCGUGCUGCCCAAGUCCUGGCAGAUGCUGGAGGAGCUGCAUUUUAAGCCACAAGACCUGUGGUUGUCCUGGUGGGACUCUGCACGCCUGGGCCUCCAGGCGGGGCUGACCGAGGACCGGCUGCAGAGUGCGCUCUCCUACCUGCACGAGAGCGGCAAACUGCUCUACUUCGAGGACAGCCUCACGCUGAAGGAGUACGUCUUCCACAACCUGCCGCGCUUCAUCGCCAUCCUUAAUGUCUUCUUCCAGAGGGACGCAGCCACCAUGCUGGAGCGUCUGCUGGCUGAGGCCGAUGGGGAGGACCGUGUGCGGGCAUCCCAGAUGAAGCACCUGGCUGAGGGUUUCCUCCAGACCGGCCUGCUCCCCUCUAACGUGAUCCGGCUGCUGCUGCAGCCACUUGUGCAGACGCAGCAGGACCUGACGCUCAUCAUGGAGCUGCUGGAGAAGAUGGGCGUGUGCUAUUGCAUCAACAAGCCCCGCACGAAGCCACUCAAUGGCGCAACCGUGUGGUACAAGUUCCCCAGCCACGUCAGCAAUGAGGAGCCCCACGCCCACGCCCAGGACUCGUGGGCAAGUGGGUCAGCCUCGCCCGUCUCCAGCCAGUUCUUCUCCGUGGAGCAGCUGCAGAUCGAGUACAGCUUCCCCUUUAUGUUCCCCCCGGGGCUGUUCGCUCGCUACAGCGCCCAGAUCAACGCCCACGUGGUGCAGCGCUCCGAUAGCCGGCACCAGAUCUUUGCCUACCGUGGCAAAGUGCCGGUUGUGGUCAGCUAUCGGCCUUCCCGCACCAGGCUGCAGGCCGAGGGGCUGUCCAUAACCAGCUACGCAUCUUUGCCAAAUAUCUGGACAGCUUGGCAGGCCAUCACCCCCCUGGUGGAAGAGUUGAAUGUCCUUCUGCAGGAAUGGCCAGGCCUUUACUACUCUGUGCAUGUCCUGUGCUCCAAGUGCCUGAAAAGAGGUUCGCCAAACCCACAUACCUUCCCAGGCGAGCUCCUGAGCCAGCCCCGCCCAGAGGGCCUGACUGAAAUCAUCUGCCCUAAGAACGGCUCUGAGCGGGUCAACGUGGCGCUGGUGUACCCCCCCACCCCCACCGUGGUCAGCCCCUGUCUCAAAUGACUCUCUUUUCUCUCGUGGCUUACCCCCUCCGCGCCCCCUCUCAGUAUCCCCAGCUCCCCUUGGCCCUCUCCAGAACACAGACCCCCACCUGCUCAGGAGAACACAGCUCGACUGCACACACACACACACACACACAGACGGGCCGACACACAAAAGUUGAAUGAUUCUUGCUCAUUCAUUUUGUCAGAGUUGGAUGGUCACUUGUGCAGCACCCAUGAUAUACAUAUGAAGACUUGCCAUGGAAAGAUUGCCAUGGCUAAAAACCCCCCUGAUAGGUGGGCAUGGCCAAAACAGGAAUGCCAUGGCAUAAAGAGAUUCCUGUUUUGUCACGUUAAUCACUCACUUGUAGUACAUGUGCUGCACAGACUGCGCCUCCCCAACCAAAGCUGUGUUCAUUGGCCUGCACAGUCUUUCCCUUUGUUCAUUAAUUUCUUUUGUUUCUUCUUUUUUGUAUUUUUUCUUGGCAGGGUAAUCGUCUCUGACUACCGGUCCUCAGUCUUAGAGACUGCUGAACUGAAACCAGCACCAUCCUCUCGCUACUGGUGUGUGGGACGGACGAUUGGUUACAGGCCCCUUUUUUCUUUGACACUCCCCCCAGGGGGCUAAAGUUAUAGCCACAGUGCCUGCACCGUCACAGUUGUGUGUGUGUGUGUGUGUGUGUGUGUGUGUGUGUGUGUGUGUGUGUUGCAGCACACAGAUAGGUAUCUCCUGUCACACAGCAUCGACAUAUACAGGUUUGGGCCAGAGAGGAAAGCAUUAUGUGAGUGACAUCUGUGGGAGGAGAGCAGGGGCAGAGGCUGGUGGAUACAUGGAUGGAUGGGGGAGAGGACAGGAUGUCAUGUUGGAGAGAAAACAGCUUCCUUGAAUGAUUGAGACUGGAUUGAGGGGCAUAUGGCUUGUGGACUAUUGAAGCUUGUGACACUCACUCACUUAACUCACUCACUCACUCACUCACUCACACACACACACUGACCCUCACAAAGGCGCAAACCAAACACUGACAUCAGAGAGUUUUUAUUUCAAGACCCCCCAUAUCAAAGUGCUGGGUUAGCGGGAUAGCAACCACAAAUUCAGUACAACCUGUAUUCAUAACCUGCAUUGAAAUUCAUGACGUUCAGCACAUUAUAAACAUCUCCCAACAUGACAACAUAUGGAAAAUGCACCAUGUGUGGUGUUCUCUGUAUGUAUGGACUCCUCUGAAAGAUAAAGCCUGGACUGGUUGUCAGCACCUACUGUCGCCACGGAGAUUAACGCACCAAACAGCUCGUCAGUAGAGACAGGAGAAGACCAUCAUCCUCCAGGACAUGAACAGUUCUCUUGUGAUUAUCCUGUGAUGAGUAAUCCAAAUUUGAGUUCAGCUCCUGUGCUGUGCUGUCAACACCUAGAAUAGUGCCCAGUUGUUGUUUGUGAUAGCUAUGCUACGCCUUCAAUGUUUCAUCGCCAUUUUGUACAUUAUGUUUGACUGCCCUCAGACUGAUCAGACCACAGGCCCAACAGUAUGACUGUCAGUAGUGUUCUGAAAUAGGAGGCAUCUCCUUACAAGCCAAGGAUGUGACAUUUUAGUGGAUUAUGGAAAGGGGUUUGGAUAUAUCAUGCCCCUGUGCAGUUAUCUGAUUUGUUUCUGUGAGUUGAGCACUAAAAACGGUUUUAAGCAUUGUUCCAAAAAAAAUGUGUAUAUUUGAGUGUACAUACAAAAGUGUACAGAGACGUUAAAAAGGAAGAUGUUGAAAGUGUGUUGAGUUGGCCAACAGGUCAUUAAUCAACACUCAGCUAUGUCACAAAUGACAAAAAAGAAUCCAUUUCAGUAGUUUCCAUGUAGGGAAUGGGGGAGGGGGGGACAUACUGUAAUAUGUCAAAUGUUGACACCUUUUGUAUAUAAUAUUUUUAUUUUUGUAAGUUGACUGAAGGUUGUCACGAUCCACUUUUUCAGCGUUAAUCAGAAUUGAGCAUUGUGCAUGAUCCACGUGCUCGAUGUCAGAAUGUACAGUACAAACGGUUUUAUAUGUCCUCAGAUGGCUGCCGUCUCUGGCCCAGACCUGGCCCAGACCUGGCCCUGAUGCGCUCCAGCCAUCUGCUCUCUGGGAUUUGUUGCUGGUUCAUCCAUUUCACACUUCAUGAAAAAGCACCAAAUACAAUAAACCAAUAAAAGGUUUCGAUACAAAAA